CGAGAUAAUGCCAGUCGGUAGCCCAUAUCUGCGGAUUCGAGCGAUGGAGUACGAGUAGGGAAUUUAUAAUACUUACUUCUUCCUCGCUCGGCUCACUCAGCUCCUUCCUUAUCAUGGCCGAGCCAACGUAAAGUAUUUCUAUUUAUUCUCUAGUUGAUUACUAUGCCCGCGUUAUCUUCGGUUGCUACAAGUACAGGCUGGGCUGCUUGCGUCAUAGUGGCGGUCACGUUAUAGUGGCUAUGUUUUGUGCUUUGAAAUUGUGUAAGACGAUGAUUGGCUUGCCACCAGUUCGGACGUUGCACCGAGCGUUUCCGUGCAGAACCCUGUGCGAAACAACGGGCGAGAACAGCCGCAGCAAUGGCGUGAGUGGAAACAACAUAAACAGCAGCGGCAGCACUAGUCAUGAGAGCUGCCGUGGUGGUAGUAACUGCUCGUCUGACUUGACGACACUAGGCAUGGGAAACGGUGUCAAGGCCUGUCUCGAAACGAAGAGUGGUCAGCGGAUAGAAAUUGUACAAGGUGAUAUUCUUGACGAGGAUGUUGACGCGAUAGUCAACCCUACUGACAAGUAUCUUCUACACGAAUCAAAGCUAUCUUCAGACAUCAUGAACACAGCGGGAUACCUGGCAAAGCGGCAGAAUGAGAAGCUUAUUUUGCGCCACUAUCAGAUCCCCGCUGGCUCGGUGGGCGUAACGACGGGUGGAUUUCUCUCGUGCCAUUCUAUCAUCCAUGCCGUCACACCCGUCUAUAACGAUGGCACGGAAGAAGAGCUCGACUACUCGAUCCGUAUGUUGCGCGCCGUACUGCAUUACGCACUGCUGAUGUGCCACGACAAGCGCUACUUCAGCGUGUCGAUACCCGCACUGGGCGCCGGCUGCAACAAGUGGCCGACGGGCUUGUGCUGCAGACUCCUACUGUACACCACUCUAACCUUCCUGGCUGAUCACCCACUGACCCCACUGAAGUUUGUCUGCUUCACCGACUCUAAUCCAGUGGUAGUGACCACAUUUGUGAACGAAGCGGCAGAGCUACGGCAUCCUAAUUUAAUUACCACUGAGACAUUUUUCGAAAAACUCCCCAAGGGAGCGGAUGAUGACAAUGAAACAACCUAGAUGAGAAGAGAGAUUGAACCGUUAUAAUAAACGCAAUGCAGUAGUGAGUUUUA